AUGGAGACGACCAAGCUGCCCCCGUCCAGCCCGUCCUCGCCGACCACCAGCUUCUCGGUGCCCUCCGCGGAGAAGGUGGACGGCUUCCCGCGCCGGUCCAUGCGCAGGGCCCGGCAGAGGAGGUCCCACAGCUCGUCCCAGUUCCGCUACCAGAGCUCCCAGGUGGAGCUCACCCCGCUGCCCCUGCUCAAAGACGCCCCGGUGGCAGAGCUACACGACCUGUUCUGCAAGAAGCUGCAGCAGUGCUGUGUGCUGUUUGACUUCCUGGACUGCGUGGCUGACCUGAAGGGGAAGGAGAUCAAACGUGCGGCGCUCAAUGAGCUGGUGGAGAGCGUGGCCACCAGCAGAGGCGUCCUCAUAGAGCCUCUCUACCCAGAGGCCAUAAAGAUGAUCUCUGUAAAUAUCUUCCGGACUCUCCCACCCAGCGAGAAUCCAGAGUUUGACCCUGAGGAAGAUGAGCCGACACUGGAAGCUUCCUGGCCUCAUCUGCAGCUGGUGUACGAGUUCUUUCUGCGUUUCCUGGAGAGCCCGGACUUCCAGCCCUCCAUGGCCAAACGCUAUGUCGACCAGAAGUUUGUCUUGCAGCUCCUGGAGCUGUUCGACAGCGAGGACCCCAGGGAGCGGGAGUACCUUAAGACCAUCCUGCACCGUGUCUAUGGAAAACUACUGGGUCUCCGAGCCUACAUCCGCAAACAAAUCAACAACAUCUUCCUCAGGUUCAUAUAUGAAACUGAGCACUUCAACGGAGUCGCAGAGCUGCUGGAAAUCCUCGGCAGCAUCAUAAAUGGCUUCGCCCUGCCUCUGAAGGCCGAACAUAAGCAGUUCCUGGUCCGGGUCCUCAUCCCACUGCACACGGCAAAGUCCCUUUCUAUCUUCCAUGCACAGCUGGCCUACUGUGUGGUGCAGUUUAUGGAGAAAGAUGCUACAGUCACUGAAUAUAUCAUCAGAGGGCUGCUCAAGUACUGGCCCAAAACCUGCACGCAGAAAGAGGUGAUGUUCCUGGGGGAGAUCGAGGAGAUCCUGGAUGUGAUCGAGCCGUCUCAGUUCAUCAGGGUCCAGGAGCCGCUCUUUAAGCAGAUCGCAGCUUGUAUCUCCAGCCCUCACUUCCAGGUAGCGGAGAGAGCCCUCUACUUCUGGAACAACGAAUACAUCCUCAGUCUGAUAGAGGAGAACUGUCAAGUCAUCCUGCCGCUGGUGUUCGCCACCCUCUACAGAGUCUCCAAGGAGCACUGGAACCAGACCAUCGUGUCUCUGAUCUACAACGUGCUGAAGACCUUCAUGGAGAUGAACAGCAAGCUGUUCGAUGACCUCACUGCCUCCUACAAAGUGGAGAAACAGAAAGAGCUGAAGCGAGAGAGGGAACGCACCGAGCUCUGGCGAGACCUGGAGGAGCAACAGGAGCGCCGCAUGCAGAUGCUCACCGAGGCCGCCCGGAACCAGCGGAACCUCCAGGAGCGAGGCGAGAGAGGGGACCCGCCCACCCCGUCGUCCCCGCAGACGGCCCACUCCGACCAGCCCGAGCCCAAACCCAGCGGGGCCUCCACUGGAGCCGGGGACAGCGCCACCUAG